UACUCUCCUUCCCUGCCUUAAUUCUAAACAAUCAACAAUCUCUUGUAAUACAAUCCAUCCUUCAAGCUUCUUAAACCAUUCUUAAAGUCAUGGUUCCAGGCGAGAUCAGUGGGAUGCACUAUUUAACACCUGAAAAUCCAAUUCCAAUUCCAAUUCCUGCAAAUUUCAGGAUGAUGCAAAAUAGCAUACCAAACUUUAACCUCAACAUGCUAUUAACCAACUUACCAAAUUCUCUUAUUCCUCCAGUGGCAGCACCAGUACAAGUUCCACGCCAUGAAUUCACUUCACAGACAUCAAGCCUCAGCAAUAACUCAUCAACUUCUGAUGAAGCUGAGGAACAACAACUCAGAAUCAUUGAUGAAAGGAGGCAGCGACGAAUGAUUUCCAACAGAGAAUCUGCCCGGAGGUCAAGGAUGCGUAAGCAGAAGCACCUAGAUGAGCUAUGUUCUCAGGUGAUUCGUCUUCGCACUGAAAAUCACAAUCUCCUAGACAAGUUAAACCAUGUAUCAGAGUGUCAUGAGCGUGUGCUGCAAGAAAAUGCUAGGCUCAAGGAUGAAGCAUCUGAUCUUCGCCAAAUGCUGAGUGAACUACAAAUUGGGAGCCCUUACACUAAUGCUGCUUUGAGAGAUCUUGAAGAUCAGUUGCCCUGUAAUACAGCUCACCUGAGAGCUGAGUCCACAAAUCAAUCCCAUACAAAUUCAGUAGACUUGCUUCAUUGAUGAGAUGAAGGCUAGUUUUCAUAACAACUAUGACUCUUUUAUGCUCUUGUUGCUUGCUAUGGUUGUUAAUUAGGCUUUUGCCUUCUAUUGAAAUGUACUCAAUGAGAAGCAGACCAUGCAAUAACAGCUUUAAACUAUUUUAUUCCAA